AUGCUCCUACUCAUGUCUUUGCAGAACGACUGCCAGACCUUCGCCACCUGCCUGUCAACCGAGACGCUGACUGUGGCAGCCGGCCAGAGCAUCGACGUCUACUUUGCCAGCGACUUCAGCUGGAGUAGCAGCGGCCUGCUGUCAUCCCUGCUGGAGCUGGUAGUUCAGGAGCCGGCCGACAUCAGCAACACCCUCAACAUAAAGCCCAUUGCUCUGUUCGCCACCCGCAACAUCAGUUUGACCGCGCAACGUAAGACCGCCGUGCGCGCAGGCGUUUGCAGAAUGCCGGGUCUUGCAUUGCUGGGCCACUUGGAUGUAUGA